GUAAUAUAUGGCCGUAUAGCGAAAUUGAAGUUGCUAUAUUUUCGUGCGUACUUACAUGCUGUGUUACAAGGAUGCCUUCUGCGGAUCACUCAGAGACAACGCCGUUGUUGCAUUAUCGGCUAAUGUCUAGAAGCCAUAGCGUUCAAAAUGUUCAACAACCUCCAAGUCCUCGGCAGCUCCGAGCUUUUUCGGGCGUUUUUAUACCCUGUGUAUUGUCGAUGUUUAGUGUCAUAUUAUUUCUUCGUUUAGGUUUUGUUGUUGGUAAUGCUGGACUCUUAGGUGCUGUGUUAAUGUAUCUUUUGGCGUAUUUCAUCGUAGGAAUGACAGUUCUGGCUGUUUGUGCUAUUUCAACAAAUGGUGCUAUUGAGGGAGGUGGAGCUUACUUUAUGAUUAGUCGUGCUCUUGGUCCUGAAUUUGGUGGCAGUAUUGGUAUUAUGUUCUAUUUUGCCAAUGUUUUCUCGUCUGCACUAUAUUUACUUGGUCUUACUGAAACUGUAAUGGAUAACUUUGGACCUGGAGGAUUUAUGUUACCAGAAGGAUCAAGUGGAUUACCUUCCAAUAGAUGGUGGAUUUUUCUGUACUCCUCAAUACUGCUUUUUUUGGCAUUUAUUGUGUGUAUGGUUGGAGCACAGAUGUUUGCACGUACUGUGCUUAUAAUAUUCAUGACUGUCAUCGUGGGAUUGAUAUCUGUACUUCUCAGUUUUUUCAUUGUGGAUGGACCUAAAAAUAUUCCAUAUGCACAUGGUGACCAUAAUCCAUUUGAUAAUGCUACAGCAGUCUACUUUGGACUCCAAAAAGAAAGUUUUUAUGAUAAUUUUUGGAGUAAUUCGUCCAGACUGGACCAGCAGCAAGCCAAGAUGGCUGCUGCCAUGACGAGUCUACCACAUCUGUUUAGUGGACUGACACCUAAGCAUGGUAUUCAGUGUGACUCUGUGGAGGGUAUUAGUAUUGAGAUGUACGUGCAAAAAUUUCAAGUGUGGUUGAGCCACAGAACAUUUUAG